AUGCCAGCAACACUGCAUCUACUGCAGACAAUAGCAAAAGGUUGGAUGGGGACAUCACGUAACCCUCCGUCGUGGACACUAGGUUACUACCGCCCGACUCGCCGCCCCCGGAGCAGCAGUCUUCGUCGCCCGAAACAACGCCACCCCUCGGAGGCCCGCGGGUGCCAGGGGACCUCGGCAAAACAGAGCCUGCCCAGGUAUUCUGAGUCACCUGAGUCUGCUGGAGGUUCAGGUGAGGAGUCGGACAACUCAGCGACAGCAACCGAGUCGAGUGAAGGAGCUUCAGGAGAAGACUGCUGCUCUGAGGAGACAGAAAGAGCAGCUCGAAGCAGAGAUACAGACACACACAACAUAUAUGACUUUACAUCUUUCAAAGAGUCCUCUCCUGCUGAUGUUCAGGAUCUCCUGACUCUGAGGGCGUCUCUGGACAAACGGCAUGAUGACGAUGAAGAAGAUGAGGAAGAAAUGGAGGAAGACUCUGAGAACUCAGAUGUUUUGCGACUGAUGGCUCGGCACACUCAGAAAGACCUUCUGAACGCUCACACCAUCGGUGGGUACGACUUCACAAAGACUCGUCGGGGAAAAGGACUUUGUGUCUCGAUAGCGACGGCGUUUGAAGGCGUUUAUUUGGAGACGUUCAGUCUGGAGUUUGACGUGAAGCCGGCACUGAGACUCGUCCGUCACGACGUCCCGCCCUUCAUCCCGCUGACCCUCCUCAUCGAGCAGAGCCGGAUUCAAACCGACAUCCGGACGCUGCUGGACCCCCUGAGCCGCCAACUGAACGCCUUCACAGCGAGGAAGAGGCAGCUGCAGCUCCUCAAGAGGCUUCAUGAGACUGUGAAGGUGAUGGAGAGUAACGUCCUGUGUUCGUUAAUCGUCCUGUGUUCGUUAAUGGUCCUGAUGUUCGAGCUUCCUGUGGAGAAGAAGGUCGUUCUCUGCUCGCUCCAUUACUGCGACACCAGCCGGAGUCUCCCAACACGCGUCUCCUUCCAGUGUGACGAUAAGGCUCUUCCUGAUUUUCCGGAGUGGAAGAAGACCCUCCUGGAGACCCCGCUGCACAAAGCUCUGAGCACCAUGAGGAACAUGGGAAACAUCCUGUAGUUUAAUCAGAGACAUAAUGAACAUUUCCACAUUUAAAAUGCACAGUUCUGGUUUUUAGAAGUGAGGGAUAUUAGCAGAAAACAGCAGCUAAGUUAUAUGACUCCUGUGGACGAGCUGCAGUCACAUAAAACACGUUUAUAUUUAAACUUUAUUUAGAAUAUUUCCCCUCUUGACCUUGUUGUUAUCUAUGCUUUUUUUUAAAGAUACCAGGCUCCAUAGAAAUCUCAUAAUAUCAGAACUUUGUUGUUGAAAUACCAGAACUAUUUUCUGUUUUGUACAAUGAUUGUUUAAAUUGUAACUGCAACAACCU